AAGCCACCUCCGUUUAUCAUCGAUUGUGUCAUCGAUUGUUUUUUCUGCGCUACCCGCUGUAUCUUUCAUUUAAGUUUUUUCCCAUAAACAAUUCGUUUUUACAAGAAUUUUCAGUGAUUUUAGUGGGAUGUGCAUAUAAAUUCAACUGUGUUUAUCAGCAUUUGACGACAAAGCGCACAAGUAGCACAAAUUUUAGCAUAGACCCGCAUCAGCAGUCAUAAUCGAAAUAGCAUCUCGUAAAAAUGCCAAGUGAAAUAAUUACGCUCCAGCUGGGACAAUGCGGCAAUCAAAUUGGUUUUGAAUUUUGGAAGCGGCUCUGCCUGGAGCAUGGCAUCUCGCCCAGUGGCGUUCUGGAAGAAUUUGCCACUGAUGGCAUGGAUAGGAAGGAUGUGUUCUUCUAUCAAGCAGAUGACGAUCAUUAUAUACCGCGUGCCGUGUUGCUGGACUUAGAGCCUCGCGUGAUUAAUACCAUAAUGACUUCUGCUUAUUCCAAACUCUACAAUCCAGAGAAUGUUUACUUGUCGAAACAUGGUGGCGGUGCCGGCAACAACUGGGCAUCUGGGUAUAGCCAAGGCGAUAAAUUGCAGGAGGAAAUAUUUGAUAUAAUCGAUCGCGAAGCGGACGGAAGUGAUUCGCUUGAAGGUUUUGUGCUUUGCCAUUCUAUUGCAGGUGGCACUGGUUCGGGAAUGGGAUCAUUUCUUAUGGAACGCCUAGCGGAUCGUUAUCCCAAGAAACUCAUCCAAACGUAUAGCGUGUUUCCGAAUCAAGACGAGAUAAGCGAUGUUGUAGUACAACCCUACAACUCAAUGUUAACGCUUCGCCGUUUAACAACCGCAGCGGACAGUGUCGUAGUACUGGAUAAUACGGCAUUAAAUCGCAUUGCUUGCGACAGGUUGCACAUACAGAAUCCAACCUUUACACAGAUCAAUACACUAGUCUCGACCAUAAUGAGUGUUAGCACAACAACGCUGCGUUAUCCAUCAUAUAUGAAUAACAAUCUCAUUGGACUGACGGCCCCCUUGAUACCAACACCUCAGCUACACUUCCUCAUGACGGGCUACACACCACUCACCAGUGACGCUAAUCUUAGCAAUCAUCAUAAUCCCUUGUCUUCGCACCAGGCUGUUAACGUGCGGAAGACCACUGUGUUGGAUGUGAUGCGACGUCUGCUGCAGCCUAAGAACAUGAUGGUUUCAACUGGCCCCGACAAAACCAAUCAUCACUGUUAUAUCUCGAUACUUAACAUCAUACAGGGCGAAGUGGACCCCACACAGGUACACAAAUCAUUGCAGCGUAUACGGGAGCGGAAGUUGGCGCAGUUUAUCCCAUGGGGGCCUACCUCAAUACAGGUGGCAUUAUCUCGCUCUUCGCCUUAUGUGCAAAGCAGCCAUCGUGUCUCGGGGUUGAUGUUGGCCAAUCACACGAGCAUUUGCUCCUUGUUUGAGCGCACUUUGAAUCAGUAUGACAAGCUGCGAAAGCGUGGUGCUUUUCUGGAUCAAUUUCGACGCGAGGAUAUAUUUAAGGAUGAUUUAACUGAAUUGGACGAGUCUCGAGAGAUCGUGGACGGUCUUGUACAGGAAUAUGAGGCGGCUACACGCAUGGACUAUUUGCAGUUUUCGACAAAUAGACGUGGAGCCAAAGUCGAUGGGUUAGGAGAUACAAAAUCGGAAGACACCAAGUCGUUACAUAGCGCUGAUCUUUAAGCAGUGUACCACCCUUGUGCCGUUAACGUGCCAUGCUCAAGAAACGAAGUAUUCUACACCUGCUCGAAUAUACAUUUGUUUUUGUGUGUAAUUAAUUAUUCAUGAAUUCUUAACACGAAAGGAUUUAAAAUCCUUCAAGUAUUUAUACAUUAUAAAUUGUUUAAUGUAUUUUAUGUUUGUGCGUAUUUCUGUUUGUGAGGACACUGUUUUAACGGUCUUUGUCUUUCAAAGUAUGCAUACUUUUUUUGCUAAUCAUUGUUAAAAAAAAUAUCUAAUAAAGUAAGUUGCUGUUAGGUGAUUUCGAUAAGCCUAAUAAAACUGACGAGAGGGCGGAACAGUGGAAUUUUGUCAUA